UGUAGAGAUGUGAACAUAUGGUCGACCCGGCCUUUCUUGCGUCUUGCCCCAUCGUCCUCAGCUGUCCGCGCUUUCCCCCUCUUCCUCCCUUAUCCAGGACAGGCGGGUCUCAGCUGCCGACGAACGCUGAUCAUGGGCUCGUAUGCCGUCGAGUCUGGUGUCCAUGCCAACAUCACCGGGGGCCCGUACGAUGGAUGGAACGCAAACGAGUGGGCUGGCAACGUCUUCUUGGCCGGCGUGACCACCCGCUUCGUCUUUUCUAACAUCGGCAUCAUCCUGGGCCUUUGGGAGUUCAUGGCCUUCCUCCCCGCUGAGAUCGUCCUAGAAGGAGGCCUCAAAGCAUAUGCCAUCCAUGGGAGAUGCACAAAUGGCCAAUACCAGGUGAUACGAACUGCACGCAAGAUCUGGCUCCAUCCUGCAUUCUGGGGCUAUGUAUUCACCAUCAUCUUCAACAUCAUCUGUCUGGCUUUGGUGGCCGUCGCGUUGCGAAUUCUCGCCUCGCGCUCCAGAGGCUUCUCCAAGUUCAUCUCCGGCAUGUUCAAUCACAGCCUCUUCUACUUCAUUACGUCCGUUUCCGUGACUCUGCUUCUCAUUAUCUGGAACUCGAUUGAGUACGUUCCGUGGCUCUAUGGCGCCGCCACCGUUGUCCAGGCAGCCGUCAUGACUCGCAUCCUGCUGGCGGAACAGGACGCUGCGCGGCGACCGCUCGAUACGACGUACAUUGAUGGCACAAACUAUGCGUCGAGGCAACGAUCGUUGGCACCUCCUGGCGCGGAGGCCUCGUUUGCGCCAAGGGCCGAUACGACUGUGCAAUUUGCAGACCAGCAGCACGGAGGCGCCGGAACAUCAGGCGCCCUUCCAACGGCAGGCCCGGCCGGCGCCUUUGGUAAUUCGAGCGGAUAUCCCUUCUUUGGCGGGCCUGCCGGUCCACUGGGUCCCUUUGGCGGCCUACGGAGCUUUCAUCAGCCCUACAACAUGAUGGACAAUCUCGGUCAAGCCUUUUCGCACAUCGACAGCCGCAACCCAGGCGGCGACAUUGAGGAGCAGACAAUCGAUAUGAGCGAUGAAGAAGAUCGCGCCACACAGAGAUCGUUCUACAACCAAGGGACCGAUACAUACACGCAACAGUCAGCGAGCGCGGGGACCAAGGAAGACACAUCGCCGGUUGGAGAGGCGGAGCUGGUCGCCCAGCAUACCCUCGGUGGUCAAGGCCCGCCGAGGAGAGGGAGCAUGGAAGGUGGCAAAAUGCAAGAAUCGCACGAAAUGGACCUGAGACCGACGCCAACGACACCAGCGGCUGCCAUCGCGGCAGCUCACAUGGCUUCCCUACAGCAGUCUCCGCCCCACUCCCAGCCUCAGCCUCAGCAGACUCAAUUCGAGCAGUCCCAACCGUCACUUAGAGAGUCUGUAUCUGCUGUAAACGCAGACAGGAGGCGCUUCGCAAGGUCGUCUUCCAACGAUAUCAGGAGAGAUUCGUCGAGCAGCAGCGAAAUUGGUAUCCAGACGAGCCAAUUCUGAUCGUAUACCACCUAGUCCGGUUCGACAAUCUUGCAUUCACCUCCUCCCCUUUUUCAAUACUUUUUUUUCCUUUCUGGAAGCGUAUCAUCGUCAUUAUCUCGUUCAAUGUACAGUAGGAGUCAUCUGUUCGCCUUCUUGUAGACAAUCACUUUUUUCCUUGCCUUGCUUGUGAUUUCCUUG